CUCGAUGGAAAUAUUGUUUCGCACCACACAAAAAUUCCCGACCCAAAAGUACUUCUCUCCAUGGUGCAUGGAUUGAGUGAAGAUGACAUCCACCGAGCUAGAUGUACCGAAAAUCGAGAUCAGCUUCGACACACCGAGCCGGAACCGCUUUCUGCAGCGGGAUGACUUUCACACCAAGCGCGAAUCGUACGCAAUUCUUGGCCGCGGUAGUUACGGUGUCGUUAUUAAAGCGUCCUACCGAGGCCGGCCAGUAGCGGUGAAGAUCUUGGAGAAGCGUACCCACCGUCACCGGUGUCGCUACGAUUCGCUGCUAAACGAAGCGAACGCACUGAACCUCCAGCACGAUAACAUUGUGACCGUACUGAAGAUUGUGGCCGGUGCGCAGUACGGGUUGGUGCUGAUGGAACGGUUCGAUGGGUACUGCCUGCAGCAAAUUAUUGGUCACCAGCGUACCGAUCCGAUCGCGGUUCAGCACAAACUGUUGAUUCUGUGUGACAUUAUAAGUGGAUUGUGUUUCUGCCACCGGCACAACAUUGUGCACCUGGACGUGAAGCCACAGAAUGUGAUCGUAACGGUGAUCGAAGAUGGUGUCAGCGCGUCCUCGACAUCCGCCUGCCAACCGCUUCGCAAGUAUCUCUGCAAGCUUUGCGAUUUCGGCUCAUCGAUGAUGCUCGAUCCGUGGCAGCGCAACGAAACCCUAGUCAACCGUGGCACGAUCCGGUACAUGGCGCCCGAGCUGCUUCGUGGUCAGCAUCGCACCGUGGGUGGUUUUACCGACCGGGCCGAUAUCUACUCGUUCGGUGUUACCAUGUGGCAACUGGACGAUGGUCGCUUUCCUUACGAGGAAAUCACCUGCAACGAGGUGAUUGCGUACAAUGUCGUCAAGAAGGGACUGCGCCCGGAUAGCAUUGCCAGCGUAGCGUUCGGUCGCCGUAUAACCAAUCUACCGGUUGGGUUGCGCGAUAUUGGCUGCCUGCAUGGAAGUCUUCGUACAUCGAUAUCCCUCACCGGUGGGAUGAAUUGCAACGGUCACUUUGAAUCCGACGCCGUGGACGAUGUGUUCAAGCGUCAGGGCAUUGUUGUGGAGUACGAUCAGGUACGACGUAAAGCAGCACGCAAGAAGAGUCCACGACACGGUAUAAUUUGGCCGGAGACUAAUUCAACCGAACCGGAACUAACCGGCGCAAAGAUUGGCGCCAUUUUUAGCAAUCAUUUUACCAUUCCAAACAACGAGCGCGUGCGGCUCAGACAGAUGAUUCGUACACUGUACAGCAAGUGUUGGAUUAGUGAUCCAGCAUCCCGACCCGAUGCGGCUACCGUCCGUGCAACGAUUCAUCAAGCACUUGAGAAGCUAAUACUUUGCAAGUGUGCGAGAAAGUAA